CAAAAAAAAUGAACCACUUCCAUCGCUUCCUUUCCUCUGUGCAAGCAUGGUUGUAUUCGAAAUAACAUCUUGGGGUAUCAAAACAAGGUCAUAUGACUUUUUUCUGUGUGGUCCCAACCACACAACUCUUGCCCAACCUGUUGCUGUAGAUGCUUCGUGCGUCGUCGAAUGACACCUGGUAAUGUUGAUGCGGAUCGAUUCUUCAUAAAUAUAAUGCAUUGUUUUCGUAUCAUCUUGUCUGUGCAGACUCUCUUUGCAACGGCCUGCACGUUGUUGCCUUCUUUGUGGAACCAGCGACCCAAAUUUUUUUCUUAUGAGAAGCGCGUUGAUUCCAAGUUAACGUGAACAUGCACUUUUUCCAGAAAAUUUUCUGCGCACUUUUGAAAGAGUUCCUUGG